UGGAGAUAACGUAUGCCACCUCCAGUAAUCUGGAUCUCGCCGACGGUGUCGUCGGCAUGGACAUGGCGGCUUGGGAGGUCCGGUCGGAGCGGCCAUGGCCGUCACUGCAUUCCUCCUCGGCCCCUCCGGUGUCGCGGUGGUGGUCCAGCCUGAAGGCCAUGACGGCCACGGAGUGGCUAGAGAUGUUGCUCCCCUGCACACGGUGGAUCUGUAGGUAUCGUUCCGGCGACUAUCUGGAGUUGGACCUCACGGCUGGGGUCACCGUCGGUGUCAUGCUCGUGCCUCAGGCGAUGUCGUACGCUAAGUUGGCUGGUCUGCAUCCGAUUUACGGGCUAUAUUCCGGCUUCGUUCCCAUAUUUGUUUACGCCGUGUUCGGCUCGUCUCGUCAGCUGGCAAUUGGUCCCGUAACGUUGGUGUCGCUCCUCGUGUCCAACGUCUUGGGUGGCAUCGUGGAUCCCUCGGAUGAACUGUACACGGAGCUUGCCAUCUUACUGGCGUUCAUGGUUGGAGUGUUGGAAUGUCUGUUGGGGCUUCUCAGACUCGGUUGGCUACUUCGAUUCAUCAGCCACUCUGUGAUCUCCGGCUUUAUUUCUUCCUCGGCCAUUAUAAUUGCUUUGUCCCAAGCAAAAUACUUCCUGGGGUACGACAUCGUUCAGAGCAGCAGAAUCUUUCCAUUGACAGAAAGUAUCAUCGCUGGAGCCAGUGAUUUCUCCUGGUCCCCAUUUCUGAUGGGAUCUGUCAUUCUCACCUUGAUCACUCUCAUGAAGCACUUGGGCAAAACGAAAAAGAAUUUGAGAUUCCUCAGAUCAUCAGGGCCACUCACGGCAGUCGUUCUCGGCACAGCUUUUGUGAAAUCCUUCCAUCCAUCUUCAAUUUCUGUGGUAGGUGAAAUACCUCAAGGCUUGCCGACUUUUCAUAUUCCAAGAGAAUUCCAGCAUCUGAAAUCACUCAUUUCAACCGCAUUUCUGAUCACUGGUGUGGCCAUUUUGGAAUCUGUGGGGAUUGCGAAAGCUUUGGCAGCAAAGAAUGGUUAUGAGUUGGACCCUAAUCAAGAACUAUUUGGUCUUGGCAUGGCAAAUAUCUGCGGUUCAUUUUUCUCAGCAUAUCCUGCGACAGGUUCCUUUUCCAGAUCAGCUGUAAAUAAUGAGAGUGGAGCACAGACUGGAUUAUCUGGAAUCAUAACAGGUCUUACAAUUGGUUGUGCACUUCUUUUUCUAACACCCUGGUUCAGAGAUAUACCUCAGUGUGCAUUGGCUGCCAUUGUGGUUUCUGUUGGAAUAAGUCUUGUGGAUUACGAGAAAGCCAUGUUCUUGUGGCAAGUAGACAAGAAAGACUUCCUCCUUUGGAUGCUCACCUGUUUAGCCACGUUGUUUCUUGGCACCGAGAUUGGUGUGCUUGUUGGUGUGUUCUCAUCCCUUGCAUUUGUCAUUCAUGAAUCCGCGAAUCCUUGCAUCGCUAUCUUAGGUCGGCUUCCUGGAACUACCAUAUACAGAAACAUCGACCAAUACCCAGAAGCAUGUCUGUAUCGAGGGAUUGUCGUCAUUCGAAUUGAAGCACCCAUUUAUUUUGCAAAUAUCAGCUACCUCAAGGACAGGCUCAGAGAAUUCGAGCUCGUUAUCUCGAAGAACAGAAAGUGGGAACCACAAGCUUCAAGAAUACAUUUUGUGAUCAUUGAGAUGGCAUCUGUCCCAUAUAUAGACUCCAGCGCCGUCGAAGCUCUCAAAGAUUUGCAUCAAGAAUACAAACUGCAUGAGGUGCAGAUUGCCAUUUCGAAUCCAAACCAAAAGGUUCUGAUGACUCUCGCGAGAUCACAUCUCAUUGAGCUGAUUGGCAAAAGCUGGUUCUUCGUGAGUGUGCAUGAUGCUGUCAAAGCAUGUAUUCAGCAAGCGCCCAACUUAAUGGGAACAUCACCAGGAGGAAGAAGAGAUGCUACUCAAACUAGUCAACCUGAUCUUGUGCAAAAGCUAUGGAAACAAGAGGAUGAAUCUGCUGUUGAGUGGGAGUACCUCUUGCCCCAGGAGGAGGAGACUUGACUACAUGUUUUGCGAUGCUCUUCUAACAAAUGCCUUAUGAUUGGUUUAUUAAAAGGAAAAUUGAAGCCCUUCCAACAUAUUAAACUGCUUACGAGACAUUCCUAUGUGAGAUUCUGGUUUCAUAUCUUUCUGGAUGUAAUAUUUCUUCUCGUGCUAUGACAGUAAAAGAAAAUAUAUUUUACGUUGUUAUA